AUGGCAAACGUUGCUUUUGAUUUUGGUAUUGGAUUAAUUCCAAUUGUUGGUGACUUUAUCAAUAUCAUGUACAAAUGCAAUUCUAGAAAUUUUAUCAAUUUAGAGAAAUAUUUGGUGAAGAAAUACUCCAAACAUGCAGCUGUACCAGUUCAGGCGACAAAUCCGACUAAACUGAAAACACUUGGGAAUAAUCCAAAUACUGGCGGAUUAUAUGAAAGUAAUCCAAAUACUGGCGGAUUAUAUGAAAGUAAUCCAAAUACUAGCGGAUUAUAUGAAAGUAAUCCGAAUAUUGACAAUAAAACACAAUAUGAUAGGCAUCAGAUUGUUUGA